CCAAUGUUUGGGAUGGAUUGUAUACACCUGUGUCCAUGGAGGGGAUUGGAACACCUGAAUCACAUGAUAUGGAGGGGAUUGGAACACCUGAAUCACAUGAUAUGGAGGGGAUUGGAACACCUGAAUCACAUGAUAUGGAGGGGAUUGGAACACCUGAAUCACAUGAUUGGGAGGGGAUGGGAACACCUGAAUCACUUGAUAUGGAGGGGAUUGGAACACCUGAAUCACAUGAUAUGGAGGGGAUUGGAACACCUGAAUCACAUGAUUGUAGGGGAUUGGAACACCUGAAUCACAUGAUAUGGAGGGGAUUGGAACACCUGAAUCACAUAAUAUGGAGGGGAUUGGAACACCUGAAUCACAUGAUUGGAGGGGAUUGGAACACCUGAAUCACAUGAUAUGGAGGGGAUUGGAACACCUGAAUUACAUAAUAUGGAGGGGAUUGGAACACCGGAAUCACAUGAUAUGGAGGGGAUUGGAACACCUGAAUCACAUGAUUGGGAGGGGA